AUGAUGUUGCUACCAUCCAUAAAAUGGGUUGCGCUUGAUAUCUCAAUAUUGCUGCUGGUGCUAUUGCUCUUAUCCACAGGUCAUGCAGAGAUUGUAAACCCUUCCAACCAUUAUCGAACCUCGUCAAAAAACAUCUUAUUCAGCUCUACAUUCGGAGGAUCCUCACACAACAACUGGGUCUUGAGAAUUCUUGAUGAGCUCCAUGAACGCGGGCACAAUGUUGUGCAUGCUACAACGGAUGAUAACCUUCGAUUCAGUGCACAACGUUCACACGUGAAACAGUUUUCUAUUGGACCAUCGCAUACUACGGAUCGACGUAGAGGUGGUAACAAGUUAACCGUGCCAAUGUCAUUUGACAUGGUGAAAUACUAUCAAGCCAACACGAUCAAAAAUUACGAGCAAAAUUAUCGUACAUUGCGUACCAUUAUUGAAGCUGAAUCCAUUGACCUUGUCAUUUGCGACCAUAAUGCAUAUGCAUGCCACGAUGUUGUCAAGCACAUCAAGAUCCCAUACAUUGUAACAAUGAUCAAUAAUGAUGCACCAGAUGCUGCUGCACCUUACGUGAGCAAAAAGUUCUUUAGCAUGAAGGAGGGCACAACUGAAACCUUACCAUACACACGUCGGUUUUACGAAGCGUUUGUAUGGCCUGUGGAAGCAAUUUGGCAUCUCGGACCUGGUGCCUGGAAAUCAGGAUUAUCACUACAACCAUUUGGGAUCACCUUUUAUCACCAAGAACAGCAAUGGGAGGGUGCACUCAAACUUGUAAACAACCUAUUUGGCUUUGAUGAUGCUCGUCCUCGUGGACCUUUGGUGGAGCAUGUUGGCCCGAUCUAUGGUGAUCAUGCCUUAUCGGAGACACUCGAUCCAACAAUGGCCCAGUUUUUGGAUACACGUAAAAAAGUGGUGUAUGUGGCAUUUGGACAACAUGCCCAAUCCAGUAGUCUUGAGGAUUCAACGCGCCUGUUGAGGAUGUUGUUCGAUAACUACGAGGAUAACGUUUUGGAUGGGUUUAUCUGGAGCGCAACACGAGGCACCCCUUUACCAGAAAAGAUCGUUUCAAAAUCAGGCACAACGUAUGCAACCAAUGAUACUACACAACAAGUAGGAUGGAUUACAUCAUGGGCUCCACAAACAGCCAUUCUACGCCAUCCCUCGGUGAUUACUUUUGUGAGUCAUGGUGGUGCCAUGUCUGUUUUCGAAGCUGCCUACCAUGGAAAACGUAUGCUAUUUUGCCCUUUCUUUGUCGAUCAAUUUGCCAAUGCCAAGCAUUUUGAACAUGCUAUUGGAGCUGGUAAACUGUGGUUUUCACUUGAACAUAGCACCAUGGAUGAAAUGACAAGAGCCCUACGACGUGUGGUGGAGGAUCAUGGUGGCAUCAUACAAGAAUCAAUGCAAAGAUACCAAACCCUUGUACAAAUCCAUGGCCAACAUGCAUUGACUCGUGCAGCCGAUCUUUGUGAAGAGGCGCUUUUUACAUCCAACAGCGAUGGGAAACUACCUCAUCGCGUCGAUGUCGCACGCAAGCUAUCCUUCCUCAAACGCCACAACUAUGACUUGUACUUGGGUUUAUUUACACUGGUGGUAGGAUUUGCCGCAUUACUUUAUCGUACAACUCUGUCAUUGAAAGAAUCCAUAAGAGUCAAAACAAAAGUCCAGUGA